AUAUUUAGUAAUGAAUCCAUCAGAACUUCUAUCAAUGUCAUUACUUAUAAUUUACUCUUAUUUGUCUCCUAACCCAAAAGGUGCUUGUGGUAUGUAGGAAUAUGAAAGAGAAGCCCUUUGGGAAAAGGAAUAAAGAAAAGGCUAAUGAAAAUUAAUCUAGCAGAUAAUAAGUGUAUUUCUAUAAUCUCAGAAACAGAGGGGAAAAAAGGAAAUGCUUUGUAUACACUCCAAAUCUCAUCUAUAUACCAAGAAAGAGACAAAUAGAAAAGGGAAAUCUCAUCGGUGAUUAAGGGAAUCCCGGUGACUUGUGCAUGCAGCUGCUAUAAACUAUUCGGAGAUUGUUGAAUUAAAUGAUCCCUGCCUUACUGGUUGAGAAACCUUGGCUUUGUUACAAUGCUUUUUUGGUAGGCAACCACAUGUUAAGUGCACACAAAAUUUGUUCUUUGUUAAUCUUCUUCCCAGUUGCUUCAUACAACCCCUCCUCUUCUGUCUCCAUCUUGCAGAGUUGCAAUAUGGCUGGGGCUAUCCUUGAAAUUGUGCUUGAGAAUUUGAACUCACUCGAGGUUGGACUAUGCUUGGGUUUCAAUCUAGACAUGAAAAGGCUUGCCAGUUUGCUCACUACAAUCAAGGAAACUCUUGAGGAUGCUGAGCAGAAACAGCUCUCUAAUAGAGCCGUAAAAGAUUGGCUGGAAAAGCUAAAAGAUGCAGCUCACGUCCUGGAUGACAUCUUGGAUGAGUUUGCCUACGAAUCAUUGAGAUUGGAGCACCAGGGAGUCAAGUGUGGUCCAUCAAACAAGGUACAAAUGUCUUGCUUAUCCUCUAUUCAUCCCAAAAAUGUUGCUUUUCGAUGCAAAAUUGCUAAGAAAAUGAAAAAAAUAACUGAGAGAUUGGAAGAAAUUGCUGAAGGAAGUACUAACUUUCACUUUACUAAGAUGGAGAUGUUUCCCUGGAGAAAUAGUGCAGUAACUGAAUGGCAUCAAACAAAGCCAUUCAUCACUGACUCAAAAGUCUAUGGAAGAGAAGGAGAUACAGAUAAAUUCAUAGACUUUUUGACUGGUUAUGUUUCACAUUCUGAGAAUGCAUCAGUCUAUACUAUUGUGGGUGAAGGUGGACUUGGAAAAACAACACUUGCCAAGCUUAUCUUCAAGCAUGAGAGGAUAAUCAACCACUUUGAGUUAAGAAUUUGGGUCCGUGUUUCAGAAGAUUUCAGAUUGAAGAGAGUGAUAAAGGCUAUCAUUGAAGUAGCAUCUAGGCAUCCCUGUGAGGAUAUGGAUAUAGAACCACUACAAAUAAGACUUGUUGAUCUGCUUCAAAGAAAAAGAUAUUUGCUUGUUUUGGAUGAUGUGUGGAUUGAUGAACUAGAGAGUUGGUCACAGCUGAAAUAUGUCUUAUUGUCUUGUGGGGCAAAAGGUUCUUCCAUCUUGGUAACUACACGCCUCCCAAACACAGUUGCCGCUAGCAUAGGAACAGUGCCUCCUCAUGUAUUAUCGAGGCUAUCUGAUAAUGAUUGUUGGGAAAUUUUUAAAGAACAUGCCUUUGGACUAAACGAGGUAGAACAGGAAGUGCUUGUGGCAACAGGAAUGGAGAUAGUUAAGAAGUGUAGGGGAGUGCCUCUUGCAGUGAAAAUAAUGGGAGGCAUGUUUAGUUUCAAAAGAGAGCAAAAAGAGUGGCUCUAUGUUAAGGAAAGCAACCUGUGGAGUUUACCGCAACAUGAAAAAAACUCUGUAAUACCUAUCUUGAGAUUAAGUUACCUAGACUUACCAAUGAAACUCAGACAAUGUUUUGCAUAUUGUGCAAGAUUUCCCAAAGGUGAAACGAUAAGUAAGGAAGAUUUAAUUGAACAAUGGAUGGCUAAUGGAUUCAUUCCAUCCAGUGAAACGUUUGAUGCUGAAGAUACUGGUGAUUCUAUGUGGAAUGAAUUAUAUUGGAGAUCAUUUUUUCAAGAUAUUGAAACAGAUGAACUUGGCAAAGUUAAAACUUUCCAGAUCCAUGAUCCUGUCCACGAUCUUACACAAUUUCUUGCAGAAGAUGUUUGUUGCAUUGCACAUGACAAUGAUGUAACUACCUUGUCUGACACAAUACACCAUCUGGCAGAUCACAGGGCUGCGUGGGAUGUAUCCGAGGAAUCCAUUAAUUCAAUGCAGUUGCAUCAGGUCAAAUCUUUGAGAACCUACAUUGGCCAACUUUAUCCAGUUGUAUUCAAAUGCUACUCUUUGCGUGUGCUUUGGUGCACAGCAGUGAAAGAAUUAUCCAAUUCAAUUUGUCAUUUAAAACAUCUAAGAUACUUAAACCUCUCACAGGGUAACUUCAAAACUCUUCCAGAAUCAUUAGGAAAACUGUGGAAUUUGCAUAUACUGAAACUAGACUAUUGCUAUCGUCUCAAACAGUUGCCAAACAGAUUAACACGAUUAAAAGCUCUACAACAACUCUCUUUGAAGGAUUGCUACAACCUAUCAAGCUUGCCUCCUCAUUUGGGGAAGUUAACUUCCCUAAAGAAAUUAAGCGCUUAUUUAGUUGGCAGUGAAAGAGGGUUCCAUUUAGCAGAGCUAGGGUCACUACAUCUCAAAGGAUAUCUUCACAUAAAGCAUCUUGAGAAGGUGAAAAGUGUGACAGAUGCCAAAGAAGCCAACAUGUCAAAUAAGCAACUUCACAAGUUGUACUUGUCAUGGGAUGAAAACGAAGAAUCCGAGUUACAACAAAAUGUUGAGGAGAUUCUUGAAGCCCUUCAACCUGAUACCCAACAACUCCAAAAUUUGACAUUGCAAGGAUACAAAGGUGAAAACUUUCCACUGUGGCUGUCAAGUUCUUCUUCCCUCAAGGAUUUAGCAAUCGUGGGGUGUCGAAAAUUCAUCCUGUCAUCAGGUUUUCGAUGCGUUGAGGAUUUGUUGGUUUACCGGUGCAAAGAGGUGGAACAUUUGCAUGAGAGUUUACAACGUAUGAGUUCUUUGCACUCGUUAAGAUUAUGGGAUCUUCCGAACGUGGAAUCACUGUCUGGGUGCUUUGCGAACCUUCCUUUGCUUCAGAGUUUAUCAUUACUUGAUCUCCCAAAGCUGAAAUCCUUGCCUGACUGCUUUGGACGCGUUCCCUUGCUUCGGAGUUUAACAUUGCGGGAUCUUCCGAACGUGGAAUCCUUGCCUGAUUGCUUCGGGAACUUUCGCUUGCUUCGUGAAAUGGUUAUUGGUGACUGUUCCAAGUUGGCGUGUCUUCCUACGAGCCUGAACCUGAAAAGUUUGGAAAAAGUGGAGAUUUACAAUUGCCCUUCGCUAUAUAAGAGAAGGGAAGAGGAAAAUUGAUCUCCUUUCUCAUAAAUUAAAGUGAUCACUCAUGCUAAGAAAGGAAGAAUUACAAAUGUUUCGACAACAGAUUGAGUGCAAGUGGGUGUUGCACGAAGAAAAUAUUCAUUGGCAAGUUGUUAUGAGAAAAUGUGAAAAGUUGAAGGCAAUGCUUAUUGCUUUGUGUAAUAAGUGUGUCAUGCAUUUCAUUUCAAAUAUGUGAAUAGCCUAUUUUGGAUAAUCAAUGAUGAAUCUAUUUUGGAAAAGCAAUAGA